ACAUAGACAGGAAACAGUUCCCACACACACAAAAAAAAUCACAAACGGAUUGAUUUCUUUUGGUGUGGUCCUGAACCCAUCACAUCAUUUCCAUGGAGAGUUCUUCAUCUAUGAAGGAAAUAGUCCAGGAACAUGAAAGAUCCCACGUAAACCUCGGAGUUCUAGCGCAUAAAACUACCUUUAUCCACUAGAGCGUGUGAACUAUUAUCAUCAAGGUGACGAUUGCCCACAGUGAACAUGUCUGAACUAGGCAAGGUGAACAGAACACCUGUGACAUUACAUCAGGCACCUAUGUAAGGAAAUUGGACUGUGAACCAUCAUGGCUUAUGGCUUACCAAGAAAGAACACAGUGAAGACCAUUUUGCAGUGCAGUUGUUAUAAAGUACAGGAACCUUGGGAUCUUGCAGUGCUUACAAGGACUUGGUACCAGAAUUUAGCUGACCUCAGAUUACCUUUCUUGGAAGAAAUUACACUGGGUCGUCCUAUACAACUAAAAAAAUGCAAAACCAAGAAAGGUCUACUCCCUUCAGCAGAAGCCCUCAAACUUGAAAGGGAGUAUGAAAUGAAGCGCCUAACUGCACUUAAAUGCCAAGAAAAUGUAUCUAAAGAAGUUGGGUUUUCCCUCAAGGAAAAGACAUUUGAUUUGAGAAGACCUCUUCCACCCAAGUGGCAGUCAUCUCAUAAUCGAGUCUUCACUCUAUUUCCUGAACCCAAAGGGGAUGAAGAAUUCUCACUGUGUAAAGAUGCAGAUGCAUGAACGCCCACUGGACGAGCCAGUGCACUUCCGCGUGAGUUAGUAGACAGCUCUGGCCGAUCAUCUGGUUCCCUGCUAUAUUCUUUUUCUAUGGUAUCACCAACAAGAGCACCGAAUUACCCUUGUGUGCCUGACCAUUCCUGUUGCCUUCGGUAUCUAUGUGAAUUAUAGGUGGCCAAAACAAUCAAAACUCAUUCUCAAG